AUGGUCCUCGCCGCUCUGGUCGGCCUAUUCGCGAGCAAUGCAAAGCCGUGGCGAGGUGGCUCAGCGCCGGGCCACCAGAAGAGUAAGCAGAUGCAUCGUUUGGAGGGCUAUUGCUUUCUCUACGCCAACUACUUCGCUGCUCCAAUGCACGACGAGAAACCACCACCUCCUCUCCCCAAGAAACGCCUCUCCAGCGCUUCCGAAGCCAAGAGCGAGACGGCGGCGGCGUUAGUGGGGGAGGAGGAGGAGGAGAAUGGAGCGACGGAGGAUGAGGCGCGGGGGGCGCAAGAAGGGGCGGAGGGAUACGUGGAGAGCGUUGGCGCCGGGGACCCGGCGGGCCCUCCGGCCCAUCACCUUGCGGUCCGCGCUGGUCUUGGGGACCCGGUGUUCUUCCUCCUGACCUUCGUCGCCGUCACGACAUCCGUUGCCUUCAUCAGCAUGGUAGCGGUGGCGAUUCCUACGAUGCUCGCUAUGAGGAGAGCUGCAAAUUCAUUUGCUCUGCUGGCUGAUGCAGCUCUGGAUGAGUUACCGAGCACGAUGACAGCUGUAAGACUCUCUGGCAUGGAAAUCAGUGAUUUCACCCUUGAGCUUAGCGACUUGAGAGAAUGAUAGACAAGCGAGGAAACUUGCGGGAUAUUACCACCGCAGGGCCGGCUAAAAGUUUAAAUGAUUCGUCUAGCCAAUACAUCGACGGUAGAAGAAAUGAUCAAUCAUCUGUUAAGAGUAUCUUGACACUUUUCACAAAACUAGAUGACUCGCUGUGCUGCUUCUGGAUGGGAAGUGAACGCUUAGUAAUAUACAAUUGUUGGUAGGCCAGCUUGGUUGGCAUAGAAUGCUCGUCUCUGUGUGAGGUAGAAUGAGAAAUUGAAGAGGCAACAAAUGGUCUUCGAUUUAUGAACAUGCAUGCACCGUGUACUUAGGAUGCUCCAAUUUGGAAAUAUUGUGCAGCGC